CAGCGCACGUCUCGUCUGCGCAUGCGCGCUCCGCCUCCUGUCCUGCAAACAUCAUGGCGCAGCAAGAGCCGAAUGGAGAUUUUCCAUAUUUACCUUCAGGGGCGGCCGAGGUGAAUCGAAUGAUAAAGGAGUACAGUGACUUGUUUUCUGACUCUCAGUGUAAAGUAUGUAGCGCUGUCUUAAUCUCUGAAUCCCAGAAACUUGCACACUACCAGAGCAAAAAGCAUGCAAGCAAAGUACGCCGAUACAUGAGUAUUCACAGCGAUGAGGAGCCCGUUGCCAAACGGUUGAAGUCUUCAGAUAAUGCUUGUAAUGUGUUACAGGGUAAUGAUGAUGAAGGGGAGAAAUACAAAGCCUGCCAUGUGUGCAACAUGACGUUCUCCUCUCCAGUGGUGGCACAAUCACAUUAUCAGGGCAAAGUUCACACAAAGAAUCUUCGGUUAAAAAACUUCGGCCCGCCGGCUCCAGCGUUACCUCAGCCCAAAAUACCGGUGAAGAAAGAUGAAGGUCCAGCUGAAGGUGAGCAGGGACCGGCAGAGCAAGAUCCCAACCGAUUCUGUUCCAUUUGUCAGGCCUCCUUCAACAACCCGCUCAUGGCUCAGCAACACUAUGAAGGCAAGAAACAUAAAAAACGUCUGACCAAACAGAAGCUGAUGGAGACCUAUGGGCCGUCCACCGCACCAGCCUCCACAUUGAAGGGCUACCCAUGUACCGUGUGCAAUAUUGAGCUGAACUCUGUGGAGCAGUACCAGGCGCACAUCAGCGGUUCCAAACAUAAGAACCAGGCCAGAUUUAAGAAAGGAGGAAUUGCAUUUGUCAGCCCCACUGAGAACUUCCAGUCUGAUUUCCAGUACACACCCAGUCAGGAGGCAUCAGAUGCUUCGGGCGACUGGGACAACUUCAGCCAGGGCUGUGUGUGAGGAGAUGCUCAUUUGUGACAAGCUUCCUCUGUUUUGACACAGAUAAUAUGUGCAUCUCUAACAUCAGCUUUUCACCACAUCACUUCUUGUUCGCUGUAUCGUGCUGUCGCUCACGGACGGUUGAGGGACCACAACAGACUUUCACAGUUUUUUUUUCUCUUAUUUUAAAACGUUCAUUCUCAGUUUUUAUUUUAUGUGAGUCUGCAGAGUUUAACGCUGAUGAAUCUGAUGUGUGCAAAGUUAAAAAAUGUAAAGGGUUUUUUUUUAAGUAUAUUUUUAAGUCAUUCAACCGCAUAGUAGUUUUCGUGCUUUUUACAAGCUCCUUCCUAUUUCUAUGUAAGAAUAAAUCUUUUGUUAGGAGCUUUCGUGUAGCGCCAUACAUUAGACAAAGUGGUGCUUGGGUGCAAAGCCUUGAAUUUGAAUUUGUCCUAGUGUUUAAAACUUUAAAUGAUAGAAAAUUGUAGUCGGAUCAUGCGUGAUAUUUAUUUAGUUUCUGUUUAGGAAUAAACACAAGUGUCAGUUCUCAUGAUGUAGAUUCUAGAUUCAUAUAAUGUGUAGCUUUUACCAAACCAGUUAUAAACCCUCUUUUAGGGUUCGAUGUGAAAAUGCAAAGUUUUCGAGAACCGUCAAGCAUAUAUCUUAAAUAACAUGUCUCUUUUGACUUGUAUUGUAGAGUAACUUUGCAAUUUCAGAAGGUUAUUCAUGUAAAAGACGGACACUCAUACAAUGUUAAGAUAAUCUCUGUGAUGUCAACCCUAAUAAUAUUAAACUUCUUCAUAUUAGGCUUCA